CGGUUAGCAGCCCCUAGCGAGUCGGGGACGCCUACGAAGCGGCAACCCCUUAGCGUUCAGUGGUACCGCAUCCUCCGUAACAGGCGUUACGCGCGCGUACCAUUACAUUCCGUCCGAGGUUCUUCGUGUAUACUUUUCUAUCUUUCGGAAAGUGUCAUCGAGUCUGUCACACCGUCUUUAGCCUCGAACUGUCAAGAAUUCUGUUCGCCGAAUCCAAAACCGGUAGUCGAGUUCUUUUCGGCGUCCAUGGUAGCUAUGCAACUUGUUCCGUGAAUUUGAUGUUCGUCCGUUUCUAUGCGAUUUCGUGUGUUUUCUCUGAUUCGCGGUUAUACGUACUGUGUCACUCGUAAAUUGACAGUUUGUUCCGUAUAUAAGUUCCGUAUUCGGAGAAGAGACGUUUGCGACGUAAGUUAUAAUUCCGACACAAACCCUCGAUCUCGUGAGAUACUUUAUCGCUUUUGAUAUAAAAAUGUUAUUAAAGAAGUGUGCUCUGGAAUUCACGCUAUUCAUGGUGCUUAUCAUCUUUACAUAACUCUAAUUAUCUAUAAGUGACCGAUUAAUUUCCCUUCACCGUGAAAACUGACCUUUAGCUUCUUCUCGCAGUGACAUUGCGCGAUUACAUUUCACCAUUGCGUACAAUCCGUAACAUUGUCACAUUGCUUGUGCUUCGGAAGCGCGUCAAAUUAUGAAUGCGUGAAUUCGCGAAGAUCAGCUGCGACUUUCAUCACAGAAAAUUUCGAUGAUCGUUGAGACGUCUCAUUAUCGUUUUUGCAGCAAUAUUUUGACAUCCAGAUGAAAAUAUUUCUUUGAUUUCCGUGAAAAUGCUUUACACAAAUGAUUGGUUUUAUUUAAGUGCGAGCAAAUGUGCAUUCAAGUAAUAAAGAAUUUUAUAUGUAUCCAUGGCAAAGCGCUUUUACUUUUUUCGAACGCUGAAAAGUACUUGUUAGAACUUGAAAACUUCGACGGCUCAGAUUUAUCACUGUCUCUGUUGGAAAUUGAUACAUACCAUCGCACCGUUAUGAAAUAAGUUAUACAGUUUCUAAUGAUAGAAAAAUUAUAUACUUGGAAGGACGAUUCAAUAGAAAAUCCAUACUAUUCUUACUAGCACAUCAGUUUUCGUUUCUUUGGACUCCUAUCGUUGUUUCGAAUCUCCAGAAGAAAGAUUCCACGAGAAGAGGAAAUUUGUCUUCAUCGAUUACGACUCGUCACUGAUUACGACUGGGAUGAAUUUGGGCCUACCCUAUCUGGAUAAAGAGAUGCAAGUACAAUGUUCCGACUGGAAAUCCUUCAAGUUCAUCCUGCAAUAACGUGGUUAUGGUGGAAUGAAAGAGGAAGAAUGCAGCACGGUAGAGGAGGCUAGAUGAGCACCAAUUUUCAGAGAGGUGCAUGUGCAGAUUACCCAGCAGUUAUAUAUAAGGCACAAACUCGUACAUAUCUGAGAGAGAGCGGAAGUGGAAAACGCGUGCGUGAAAGAAUACGCGGUCCAUAUCUGGCCCGCCAUUUUGGCGGCAUGGUCCUUUGGGCCACUAUACUAUUCCUACAAGGAGCUGGUUUUGUAGGAUCGGUGACAGGUAUUCCCGGUGUUCCGGAAAAUAUAACGGUGAUGUUCCUGAAUCCGACGUCUGUCCGUGUUUCUUGGAGCACCAGCCAAGUCGAACAAGUUGAAAAAUACGACGUCAUGUACAAGCCAACCGAUGCAAGGAAAUACAGUGACAGUUACAGGGUGGUGACGGAGGUCGCUGGAAAUAGCGAAGCUGUUACAUUGAGCGGUCUCAGAGCUGAUACGCAGUAUCAACUUGUCGUCACUGCUGUGAGAGCCGGCAAGAGAUUUCGAAGUCGACCAAUCGUCUUCCGUACACUUGAGCCACCACGAACAUCCUUUCCUCCGGAACAAGCGAUAACAGGCGGUCCUCUUCCACCUCCCCCACCUUCUUCUCAACAACCACAACCUUACAUACAAGUCCGUGGCGUAGAAGUGGGGAUCGUGGUGUUAGUGUUGAUUUUUUGGGCAGGCGCGAUAGCGCUGUUCUUCAAUCGUUGGGGAAAGAUUCGCAUGUUACUGCCGUAUCAACCCGAUUACAAGGAACAAUUGAAGGUUCCUGGGACUGGGGUAUGCGCAGCGGCGAACGCUGCAUACACGCAACAUCCGACUCAACACAGCUGCUCUCAGCAUCUGCACUGGUCGAGCCAUCACGUGGACUCCUUGGAUAGCGGAGGUGGUUUGGGCUGGCCAAGAACUUCGAGGCCGCGAGUGAACAGCGCCAUCGACGUAGCUGGCUUCCUAUCCCAGGAAUUUUUAAGACGGCACGGUUCAACGUCGAAAUUGUGCCGGAAGGUUCGCAGUGCAGAUAAUUUACCACUUGCGUCGACGAAUCGACAACAAGAUCAACGAAAUUCGAAAGAGGAAGGCAUCGACGGCGAUAAAGAAUCCUUCCUGAGAUCAACACUAGAGGAGAAGUGCGAGGAUUCGGAAUCAAAGAGGCAGAGUAGCCUCGAGAGUUGUCCAAAGGAUAAUCCAGACGUUUCGUUGCUCGAUCCGAAUCAUCAAUUACAGUCUUCAAGGGAUUCUCCAAUAACGUCUUCAUCGUCGUUCGUUGGCCGACGUUUCGGCGGAUGGCGAGCUGGCGGAAGUCACGAAUAUGUCCGGUGUCCUAUACGACAACCUGCUUCCAUGGAUGAGCGGUGUUUUCGGCGAUCUGGCGAUGCCGACGCUCGCUUACCCCGUUAUCAUCAUUACCAUCGACGUGCCGGGAUCGAACGGCACUCAAAGAGCUGCGACUACUCAAGACAUACGCCCGAAUCAAGCAUCGAGGUGCAACACUUUGGUCUGCCUAUACUUAGCGUCAGCGAACCUAGUCCACCAGACGAAAAUGACCGAGUGGACGAUUAUUUGUAGGACUUGCUUGCCGAGGACUUCUUGAAAGAGCUCCUCGUAUGAUUCUACAUGCUGAUUGCAUUACUUUGUGUGAUUUGAAAAAUCGAGUCGCGCAUCCAUUUAGAAAGGUAAACUGAAAGACAAAUUUUCAAUCGCACAGAAAUAAUUGUUCGUAAUGUUCUUAAUGUUCUCAAUUGUACGAUGUUAAUAAUGGCUAGAAACGAAAUUCUCUUUUAUUCGUAAUAAGUUCAAAUCGGAAUCUUUGUAACUACGAUUUUAAAAACGUGAAACGAGAGGAGGUAAAAUGUACGGCAAAUUAAAACGUGUAAAAUUAAAAUGCUCCAAGCGGAAGCUACGAUGAAAAAUCCAAAGAGAAAAAGUUUUUUACGCGAAAGCUCGAAACAAAGUUGUUGAUUACACGACAGUAAACUCGAAAUAAAAUGUUCCGCUAGGAUAUUCUAUCGAUUGCCGCCGAUAAUAUUCAAAUCUCGCAGUUUUACAUGCAAACUCGAAACGAGAUGUUCUACUGCGAAGCGUUAUCGAUUGCUAUCCGUGAUACGGAUUAUGCGGCUUUGCGCACAUAUCGGAGAUAAAAUUUCAUCAUGCACGUAUUACCUUUGAAUUGCAUUCUGGAAAGCAAUUUUUAAUCUAAUUUACAUGGAUUGAAAUUCGCGAUAUCGGAAAUUAAAAAGCUUGAAAUUUUAAGGAAAUUCAGAUUGAGAUUCCGUUUUGAAUCGACUCGGAUACGUGUUGAAAGUAAUUACGAACAAUGUGGCGAGAUGAAAAAUUCAUCGUACAAUAUCAAUUGCGUAGAUGAUUAGUCUGCAAGGUUUCGCUUAAAAUAAAGAGAGAAACUCUCUCUCUCUCUCUCUCUCUCUCUCUUUCUAAAUACACAUUCUUUGCCCCUAAUCAUUUUAAAUGUUGAUUCGUAUGCGAUAAAUCGAUAUUUAUUCCAAGAUAUCCCGUUCUAUGAUGUAGUAAAUGUUUCAUGUGACAUAUUAAUGUGGCCUGCCGUACGGCAUUGUAUCUGCCUACUUUCCUUUUCACAUACGUCCGUGCGGCCUUGUUAACUGGCAAUCGAUGUAAAACGAUUCACAGCACGGUGCAACGUACCAAAACAGUGUUAUUUGCAGACGUCUUUUACGCAAAAUUAAUAUUACGUAAUCUAUCGAUCACAGAUAUCAAAACAUUCAGGCACCGUAUAAGAGUCGUAUAAACUCGCUAUUUUAGAAGAUGAUGCGUUUUGUUAUCUCGUUAACGGGAUUUUACGAGUUUUUAUCAUUAUUUUACCCUAUUAUCGUUUGGAUUAAACGUGUAUCCUAAAAAUACAUGUGAAUGAUAUGAUGAAGAUAUUAAGUAAAAUAUGACUGACAUCUGAACUGUUUAAGAAAGAAAAAUGGUAGGGACAAUACGCAAGAGGAUAUAAAAGAAAAUUCAAGAUAUUAAUUAUAUAAGUAUUUUAUUACGUUACAUUUGAUAUGAACGGAGGAUUAUCUAAGAGCGUUUGCAACGUUUCUUCGAUUUCUUUACAUAUUAAUUAAUAAUUAGGAAGAAAGGUAGCGAAAAAGAUGGGAAUCCGAAAGUUGUAAAUUUCCAAUUUCUUAUAUCGAUAUAAUGAAGUUUUACAUAUCUAAAAACAAUUGAUAUACACGUUCGAAUUGAAAUUCUCGGAGUAAAAUAUGUAUAUCAUUGUGAUAAAAGUGUAAACGAGAUAUUUAGAAUUAUACUCUUGCAAUUAAUCACGUGCGUCUAACGACAAACAUAACACUCUAUAUUCGAAUUCCCGUAGUUUAAGAGAAUCUUAUUUUUAUCAGUGUUCAAAAAAAGAGAUCGAGCAGAGUCAAUAUUACACAUCCUAUUAGAGAGCAUAUAAUGACCUCAAGUAUAACGUUACGUGAACCGUUCGUCCUUCCGUUUAGUAAAACUUAAGCAACGACCUAGCGAAGAUACAUUUCUGCAGCUCGAAUGUUAAAUAAAUGUGCAAAUUCCUAAACUUUCUUUUCCUCUAAAUGAAUAAUUUUUCAACUGAAAAUUAAUUAUUAAUAAUGCGUGUAUUUUACACGCGUACCGAUUUACGUUAAAACGAACGUAAUGUAUAAUAAGUAUAAUUUUUCGAAAUAAUUCCCAUGGACUUCAGGUAUCUUUCUUAUUCUAACUUGUUCACUUGGUCUUCUGUUUUGAAGAAUCGAAAUCUGAAUUUUAUCGGAUAUGAACGAGUAAUCGGACGAAUAGGAUAAAAACGAAGAGAAUGUUUGAAAUUUGCACGAUUAUUACCAAUUAUCGAAAUCCAUUCUUAUUCAGCAACGACAGAUUGUGAAAUAUGUGCGACAGAUUCAAGUACUUGCCCGUAUUAUCUUGAACAUCGAAAAUCAAGAACUUAUCCACUAGGCUCGUAGGAAAUUUAAUUGAGGUAUUUUAUUGUUUAUUACACAAGGUAUUUUCGGACCAAUCAGUAUGAUAAAAAGGGGGCCAUGAUUUCUUCAGCCUGACAUUCAAUUUUUGUAACAUUAAAAUACUUGUGACUUGUAUGCGUAAGGAGAACAUUAUGUUUGCAUAUUGUUUAGUAUCUUUUCGCGAAUUAAAACAAAAAAAAAUCAGCAUUCAAAUAAAAUUUCGUCUGGAAAGCGGGAAAAUCUUCGUUUAAAAUGUACGAAUCUUAUGAUCUUGUUUAUGUAAGAAGCUUACUUUAGUAUACGAUAACUUAUUCGUUUUAAUUAUACCGAUAGAAAACAAUAUUGUCAAAUUCGGGGACCAAUAAAUAGUUAUAAAGAUACAACCACAAAGUUAUUAGCAUUAUUUUUUAAUAUCUUUUGGUUAUUCGCCAAUUUUCUUUAUAUUGCGUUUCAUUUGAUUUACAUAUAUUAAUUUUGUUUAUUCGCAAUGGAAUAAAAAGGUGCAUGAAUCGUAAUAAAUUUUUCUUUUAAGAUUAUACCUAAAUACGUCAAUAUCGAUCAGCCACCUUUCUUCUAACCAAUCUAACGAUGUAUCCUUUCUAAAUUAUUAUUUACGAUUUGUCGAUUAACAUUUUCAAUUCUAAUCUACUCAGAGUAACGCAUAAUGCCGCUUCAAUUCUACUUUUACCCAUAUAUUCGGUAAAAUAUCAUAAAUUGUACAGUGUAUACAUGGUAUUAUUAUUAGUAAUAGUGAACAUAAACGACCAACCGAAUAACAAAUUACUUUUAAAGACAAGCAAAGAAUUACACAUUGUAAAAUUCGAUUUCUACGAUACACGAAUAUGCGAGAUAAAAAUAACGGAGUCUGUAAAUAUAAGAAAAAUCGUAUCUCUGAAUCGCCUUUGCCGUAAAACAGCUUUAUGUAAGAAUAAUUUCGUAAUUGCUAAUAUCUUCAAAAAUAUUCAAUCUAAUUUAUAAUUUCGAACCAAUGGAAAAUAUUUCCAUGCUAAAUAACAAAUAACAAAAUUUGUUUUAACUCGAAUGGCGAAUAUUUUUCUACUUGCGCUGUUUUCUGUUUCCGCGUCGCGUUUAUCGCUGUAAUUUCCACUGCAUAAUUGUUAUUUCGACCAUAGAAACAUACGAUACUGGACGUAGUCGCGCAUUAUCUACAGUAUCCUUAGUUUCUUCGCUGCAAGUGCCCAACUACGAAUGCUGUCGCACGUAUUAAUCGAACUUAUACAUAUUUUGUUUCCACUUGAGAGCGAGCGAUCACGCGACCGCUCUCAGAGGGUUGAAACAUUCUCAACGCGGUAUCCAUUUGCGAGAGAUACUCUCGAGAGUAGCUCGCUAUAGUUUUACUCUCAAAUGGACACCUAGCUUUAAGUAGAUGACUAAUAUACAAUGUACGUAUCUAUAGAUGACAUAUUAUGGCACCUAUGAAAGCAAAUCGAUAAUGUAACCUUAACUCUUCUUACGAUCACCACGGUUCUUGUAUCUUCUAACUUUUUUCGCUCAAUGAUCCGACACGAGCACUACUAUACUCGUGUACCUUCCUUCGAGAACACCUAUGUAAAUAUUCAUAAUAACUUAAAGCGUUUUAUGACACAAUCAGAAUCGAAAUACGAGCGAUUUUUUUAAUUUCGUUAUAUACGAAUGACAUCAGGAAAUUACGCUUAAUUCUUUAUUCGAUAACAAUACAGGGGGGAGGAAAGAGCAAAUUGUUUUUUAGUACGAUUUUUUCUUUUAGUAUCGAAAGAGGAAGAAGUUACGAGCAAAUACGAAGCUUGAAAAUUAUCGAAUAAGAAACUAAGCGAUAAUAUGUAUAACAAAAGUUUAGAACCAAUGACUAAUAGUCAACGAAGACUUAUAUACAUAUAUGUAUAAUGUAUGUAUCUAUAAAUAUCUUCUAUGAUCGUACGUACCUCGUAGUGAAAGAUAUAAUCAAUGAUCUGAUAUAAAGGAUAAUAUUAUUUUUAUUCUUAAAUGCACAAGAACGUGCAAUCUUUGCGAAAGAAUUCUUAAAUGCGAAUUGUAUUAUAAGUAAAGCGGGGCUCAUGCUGAAAUCCACUGUUGAUUAGUCUGAGAAGACUGUUUAAUUAAUUAUCUUGUUGAUUGCGCAGAAACAACGAACCAGUAAUACGGUACAUUUCAUAAAUAUGCCGACUACCAUAAGAAUUAAAUGAUAUAAAGUUCCCAUGAAAGAUUUCAUGUUUAUUAGAUUGCAUACGAUUACAUUAUUUUGAUAAAAAGGUACAAAGUAUUGUACGUUUCAAGAAUGUUGUGAACAUAAUUCAUUUGAAAUCGGCAUUCACCAAAUGAAAUGAAUUGUCAAUUUUGAAAAUUCACUAAUUAUAAGAAACAUGUUACUUAUAACGUUUAAAAUCAAUGUUUUAUAGUUUUUAUAUUUCAGAAUUAUUUUCCGUUUAUGCUAGUUAUAUAUUUGGAAAAAUGUCCAAAAAUACAACGAAAAUAUACACCGUGAAAUUACCAAGUAAAGAUCAAUAUUAAAUAUUGUAAAUCUCUUUACGUAAGAAUCCAUGGUACAACCAUUGAAUUAACUAUGAAAUCACAUAACAGCAUGAGACCUGUAUCAGACAGAGAAAGAAUCAAUUACCUCCAAUAUUUAAUAAUCAUAGCUUUAAACAAAGAGACCAAGUAAGUAAAGAAGAGUUCAUAUUCUCUUACAAAGGGUCAGUUUUAAGAAAUCCCGAAUUAAGCAAUUUUUGAAACAAAAAAAAAGAAAAAAAUGGUGGCAGACGCGUGUUUUAAAGCGACUGUAGUAUCUCUGUAUAUAUAUACAUAUAUGUACUUAGAUUAGAAUUCUGAUCAUGUUGAUCUAAAGCAGAUCAAUGCUAUAUUAAACGAUCAUUUGAUCGACGAAGCUUGUACGUGUUGCGUAAGUUUCCUAUUUAUUAUUUGCAAACUCACGUGGGAAAGAGAGGAAAUUGUCAUGAAAAUAGAAGUAUUUGCAAAAGUUCAUGUCUACGACGAUGACCAAUAUUAUCGCCAAUAAGAUGACGUUGGGAAAAUUGAAGUUUAUUAUAUAGUUUAAUUGCAUGAAAAUAUAUCAUGUACUAUUUACUACAAGAUAGCUGAGCUGCGAAGAAUUCGUAAAAAUUGAAACUCCUUAAUAUGUUAUUUAUAAUCACGUAAACAUAAGUUUUUAAUAAAGUUAUUAAUAUAUAAGAUUUCCGUUUCUUAGUAGAUUAAAAAAUAAACUUAUGCGAUACAAUGAAUGAAAAACCAAAACGUAUGACCCUUUCAUAUAUCUUAAUUUCAAUUAUAUUAUAUUCAUUAAAUAUAUAUAGGUAUAAUUUUACUAAUAAAACUCCUUGAAUAACUAUUGAAAUAUUAAAUAUUGAUUUCAUAGUCAGAUACUUUUACGGUUACAUCGUCUAUUAAAUUAUAUUGAAGAACUUUAAGUUAUAUAUAUUAGAUCCUUAUUUGAAUACGAAACCAGAAAUUGUGACUUUUAUAUAAUCUACGUGAAUACCAACGAACACUAAUAAGAAAUAUUAUAAUUUAUAUUAGAGUACUAUUAAUAUGGUAAAAUUUUUUUUAUAUCGAUCAUUUUUUAUAGUACAUAAAUUUAAGAAAAGCAGUUGUACAAUUUAGUGUACAAAUUAGGAAACAAUGUGCUGAUUAAAUACCAUUUGUAAGUCCUUUGAAAAUUAUCAAUAUCUCAAUUUUCAAUUUUUCUUCUAUCGUUCGAAAAAAUUUCAUUCGUAAGCAUAUCAUAUAUCGAAUAAUAAUUGAAAUAAUUGAAAAGAAAAGCUUGUAUCUCGUUACAACGAUUGUUUAAUUUUAAUCUACUGCUGAACAAUUAAUUAUCGAAAUAUUCGAUAAUUCGAAGAGAUCAUUGUAAUUUACAUUAUUGUUGUGCACAAAAGAAGAAAGAGAGGAAUGUUAAAUAAAAUAUAUUACAAAAUUACAAUGGAAUAAUAUAGAUAAAGGAAUGGAAGAACGGGUCCUAUCUUUAAAUCUUUGUAAUCAAUUCCUCUUCUUGUAGAUAAAUGAGCGAACAUACCCUUUUUGUCAGAUAAAUUCCGUUAUGCGUACUGUACUGAUUUGUGGCAA